CAUUUGUUUUUAAACGCACGUGCUGGUAUUCAUUAAAAAACUUUAAUUUUUGUGCACUAUUUUUUUUAUAAUAACUUAAAAUUUAUUAAAUAAAAAUGAAAACCUCCGUGAAGAAAACAAUUAAACCUAAAAGUUUAUCAACAAUUAAGAAGAAAAAAGUGGAAACUCCCGAUAUUAAAAGUAAAAAAGUUAAGAAACUUAAAAAACCUAUCGAAGAGGAAGAGGUGCCUGCAAAGCAAAUCACUAAAGUGGACAAAAAGCUGAAGAAACAAGAUAAAGAGGAGAAAAAAGUCAAAGCUGUCAGCAAAGAAGGUAAAAAAUCAAAAGAGGUCUCCGAUAAAACGUCCAAGAAAAAGAAGGGUCACAAGCAGGAUUUGGAGGGCUUAAAAGAUAUUGAUCCAGAAUUUUAUGACUUUUUAAAGAAAAACGAUAAACAAUUGUUGGAAUUUAAUCUUUUGGAUAGUGAUGAUGACGACGAUGAUCAGGACAAAGAAGAGGCAAAAGUAAAUAAAAAAGAUAAGUCUAAGAAAGCUAAAAAACAACAAGAUUCAGAUUCUGAAGAAGAAAUGGAUAUGGAUGAAGAAGACGAAGAUGAUGAUGACGAUGGUAAAUACCAUAAACCCUCCGGUGAACUUGAGGUGGCCAGUGAUGAAAGUGAUUACGAGGCUGAAGAUGAACCAAGUGUCGGUCCUGAUGGUACACAAAAAAUCACUUUGAAUCUUUUGCGUCAAUGGCAAUUGCAAUUGGAAAAGAAUAAUGUACCCAUUGAUACCGUACGCAAAGUUAUACAAGCUUUUAGUUCAGCUUUGCUUAGUAUUUCGCCGGAUAGCGAUCAAAAUGUGCCCAUGGCCUAUAAAGUAGUGGGUUCUGCUGCUUUUAAUGGCGUCAUACAAUUGUGUGUCUUGCAUUUGCAGCCUGCUAUUUUACGUUAUCUCAAUGUAACACCACGUUCUUCUAUACCUCUGCAUAAGACCAAAAAAUGGAAUAAAGUCAGGGGUUGUUUGCGUUAUUAUUUAACGGACUUAAUACGUUUAGUGGAACAAGUGUCUAGUGCUAAUAUUUUGUCAGUGCUUUUGAAACAUCUUCACCAAAUGGCUGGUAUGGUGGCACCAUUUUCUACUCUAGGUAAAACUAUUCUAAAAAGAUUAAUUGUCUUAUGGUCAACGGGAGAUGAAACUGUACGCGUUAUUUCAUUUUUGUGCAUCUUGAAAAUCACACGCAAUCAACAGGCCACCAUGUUGAAUCAUGUUUUGAAAGCAAUGUAUCUUUCAUAUGUACGCAAUUCGAAAUUUGUUUCACCCAACACCUUGCCGGCCAUAAACUUUAUGAGACGUUCAUUGGUGGAAAUGUUUGCAUUGGAUUUGAAUGUUACUUACCAACAUGCUUUCCUGUACAUUCGUCAAUUAGCUAUUCAUCUACGUAAUGCUGUUAUAUUGAAAAAGAAAGACAGUUUCCAGGCCUGUUAUAAUUGGCAAUACAUCAAUUCUUUGCGUUUGUGGUCAGACCUUUUAGGUACCACUUCUGAUAAACCACAAUUACAGCCAUUGGUCUAUCCCUUGGUUACUAUUACUUUUGGUGUUAUACGCCUAAUACCCACAGCUCAAUAUUUCCCCCUAAGAUUCCAUUGUAUACAAUCUCUUAUAGAUUUAGCCAAAUCUACUCACACGUUCAUACCAGUUUUACCUUUAAUCUUGGAAGUAUUAAAGAGCAAUACAUUUAAUCGUAAGCAUACAACAGUGUCCAUGAAACCUAUGCAAUUUACUUGCAUUUUACGUUUAAACAAGGGUCAAUUGGCUGAGAACGGUUUUAGAGAUGAAGUUGUGGAGCAGGUGUGUGGUUUGACAUUGGAAUAUUUGGCUUACGAAUCAUCUUCAUUGGCUUUCUGUGACUUGGCUGUACAUACUGUGAUGGCUUUGAAGGCAUACCUUAAGGAAUGUCGCAACGCUAACUAUUCACGUAAAUUAAAGCAAUUGGUGGACAAGAUACACGAGAAUUCAAGAUUUAUUGAGCAAGAGAGACGUAAAAUUACUUUCGGUCUUAAGGACACGGCAGAAAUACAAGCCUGGGAGACAAAGGUCAAAAAUAAGGGCACACCUUUGGAUAUUUACUACAAUAGCUGGGUUAAGACACACGAAACCAAAAAGAGACGUCAAGCCGCUCAAGCUGAUGUCAUUAAUGAUGACUAUAAUUUGCCAACUAUCAAGAAAUCAUCUAAAAAAUCUUCAGUUCCAGUUAAAAAUGAAAAUGGUGAAAUUGAACUGUUCCCAUCAGAUUCGGAAGAUGAUGAUGUUAAGAUUCCCGGAGCUGAGGAUAGUGAUGAGGAAAUGUUAGAAGAGAAGCCUAAAAAGAAAUCAUCGACAAAGGAAAAGAAAUCGAAAAAGAAAGCUAAGGUAUCUGAAGAAAUCGAAUAUAAUGUGCCUGUUGAAGAACCUGUUGAGGGCGAGGAAGAUGUGGAUAUUGUUAAAGAUUUGGAUUUAGAUGACUGGUAAUGAAAAUAUUCAUCGGCUAACAAAUCCAUAUUUUUUGUAACAUCUUAAAUACGUAGUUAAGGAAUAUGAAAUAAAAACAAAUACAUAUUUUACAAGAAA